AUGCCCCGAUGCGCUCAUUGGUGCGUCCCUCCAACGUGUCACCAGUUUUGGUGGAUUACCCCAGAUAUCUUCUUCAUCGGGAGUGUAAAGGGCACACCUUUCUCCAAACUUCACUCUUCACGGACAGCAGCUGUCAAGAGGACACACUUUUCAUCAUUACAAGAUCAUAUAUCAAAGAAAGAAACUUUUUUUUCUUCAUACAUUUUGCCUUUGAUUGAGGCAGAUAUUAUUCACUUCUCUAACAUGACGUUAUCGAUCCUUUCUGCGUUAUUUCUUCUUACGCCAAUUCUGGCAGUUGAUGUUUCCUCCGGAUGCGUGUCCUGUAGUUUGGAAAAGGAUGUAGAAGAAAGGCUCAUGGUGGAAUUCGCCAAGCAGCAACUUUUAGACAAACUGCACCUGAAAGAGAGACCAAACAUCACUCAAACCGUGCCUCGUGCGGCGCUUCUCACUGCGCUGCGCAAACUGUACUCAGGACGCGUCAGACAGGAUGGGACACUGGAGCUGGACAACAGAUUACCUCUCAAAGACCAAGGCUAUGAAAUAGUCAGCUUUGCAGAUAUAAAUGACACUCGGAGUACUGAGGAUGCAAGCCUACAGCUUGCCUUUCAGUUCCUCCAGGAGCAGGGCCACAGUAUCCAGGUGCUGCAGGCCUCUCUGUGGAUCUACGUGCGCUCCUCUGAGGACCCUUACAGAGACUCCCGCCUGCCUGCUAGGGUCUUCCUCUCCGCAGAUCAGGGCCAGCAGGGCUCUAACCGCAGCCUGGUUAUAGAGCAAAUGUUGGAAGUGAAGAACAGUAACUGGCACACUUUCCCCAUCACCCGCACACUGCAGACCUUUCUGGAUGGUGGCCAACACAGGCUUUUGUUUGAGGUUAGUUGUGAGGAAAAUGGCAAGAACCUCUGCUCUCUGGAAAGGACAAGGGACACCCCCUUCCAGCCCUUCCUGGUGGCUCAGGUGCGCUUACGUGAUGACCACAGCAAACGCUCACUCAGGAAGCGUUCUCUGCGCUGUGGGAAUGAUGUCACUGUGUGCUGCAAGAGAGAUUUCUACAUCAAGUUCAAAGACAUCCAGUGGCAUGACUGGAUCAUUGCACCUGAGGGUUAUCACAUGAACUACUGUAUGGGCCAGUGUCCUCAGCACCUGUCUGGUUCUCCAGGCAUUGCCUCUUCCUUUCAUGCCACAGUGUUCAGCCAGCUCAAAGUCAAUGGCAUCCAUACAGCCAUCUCCUCAUGUUGCAUCCCUACUGAGCGGCGCCCACUUUCCAUGGUCUAUUUCAAUUCUCAGCAUAGCAUUGUCAAAACAGACGUGCCUGACAUGAUUGUGGAGUCCUGCGGAUGCACAUAG